GCGGCAAUGGCGGCGUCGUGAAGGUGGGCACAUCCGGUGGAAUACACCACAAGGUGAAAGCUCUUCCAGCUUCCUUGUUGCUCGACUUUCGGAAGUAAACGUUCAGACCUAGUCUCUGUCGAAUGGUUGCGAGAAUUUUCGAUCCAGGAAAUAUCUUUCGAAGGAUCGUCUUUGGACUGAAUUGUCUUGAUUCAGCGGCAGAACGCCGUGGGUGCGGUGAUUUGGAAACAAACUAGCCUCAAUUUUUUCAAUCAGUCAUCAUUUUUUGAAUUACGAUCGUUCUGUAACAUAUCAGAUCAUUGAAUUGACGUGAAACGAUUAUUGCCGAUCGUCCUAUUUCAAUAUGAGCGAACAAUCCAUUGCUCAGGCACGGGCAUCUGUAAUGCUCUACAACAAUGACAGAAAAGAAUGGGAACACUCUGGAGGAUCAUCAGGGCUCUCCAGAGUUCAUGUUUAUCAUCAUCCAGUCAACAAUACAUACAGAAUAGUUGGGAGAAAAGUACAAGAUCAUACGGUUGUUAUAAACUGUGCAUUAGCAAAAGGAUUAAAAUACAAUGAAGCUACUCCAACUUUUCAUCAAUGGAGAGAUCAGAGACAGGUGUAUGGUUUGAAUUUUCCAAGCAAAGAAGAUGCACAAGUUUUUGGGUCAGCUGUGAAUACUGCCUUGGAAAACCUCAAGAGUGGUGGCACUGCUGGACUUUCUCACCAGCCGCCCAUGGUGCCCCAACAACAGCCCCAGUAUACAAACAGCAGUAGGGGUAUUGAUCAUGAUGAAGUGGUGAAUCGAGACCACUUUGAUGGACAUGACCAAUAUUCACGAGGGAAGGUCUCCUCAGAAAACAGAUCUCACCGCCCUCAGUAUGAUGCACCUCGUGAAACAGAAAGCCCUAAUUCAAGCACUAUUUCCUUGUCAACAUCUCCUGGACCACAGUUGCCACCACAGAAUGUACCCCAGGCACCUCCUGUCCCAUCAGCUCCACCUGCUCCCCCAGCACCCCCUGCUCCACCUGCUCCCCCAGCAGCUCCUCCUGUUCCUGGUGGGGGACCUCCUGCACCACCUCCUCCUCCUCCUACACCUAGUGGUGGAGGUGGAGGCUCAUUAGCAGAUCAGAUUGCAGCUGCAAAAUUGAAGAAGGCAGCUAAGGCUGAAAAUGAAAGUCCGAGAACUGAACGAGCUAAUUCAACAAGUCGAAGUAAGUCCAUAGGUGGGGGAAUGGACAUGAUGGCAGAAAUGCAAAGAAAGUUGGCUGCAAGGAAAGCCAAAGAGGAGGGAAGAGAAAUCGAGCCUGUCAGAGAGGAAACUGAGGCAAGAACAGAAAGAGCACCUGCUGCACCUCGCACCACUGUAAGCAAUCCACCCCCAGCUCCAGCAUUUGGAAACAACAACAUUAAACCAAACUUCUCGUCAAUAGGGAAACCAACAAGUAAUGGUGCCAGGAAAAACAGCAAGUCAGAAUCCCCCUUAAGUAAUGAUCAGCUUGAAGAAUUAAAAUCGGAAUUACUUGCUGAAUUUAAACAGGAAUUGGAUACUGCCAAGAGAGAGAUAAUUGAAGCUGUAAGACAAGAAAUUGCUCGCCUUCGGUGAGUGGGUGUGGAACUAAUGUACCAAUCCAGAAGCCACUAAAAUAAUUGGGAAACUCCUGAUUGAUGGAAAGAAUAACUUCAUGUAUUUGUUCCUUUUGCUGACAUCAUAAUAAAGAUUUGGGAUAUAAAUGAAAUUAUAAACAGUUGGCUCUGGAAGUACAGUUUUAAUUGGCAAAUGAAACAAAUGACUUGUGAAGGUGUGUUAUAACCCUUCUUAAUAAAAGGACAUUUUUAAACAAUAGGGUUCAUUAGCCCCUCAACAAAUUUGUAAUAAAUAUUGCAUGAAUGUGAUGCAAUGAUUAAUCAUCAGGGCAGAGCUGUGCAAACAUGAUUACCAGUAGCUCUUAUUUAGAUAGAAUGAUGCAUUGUGUUUGUAUCUAGUUAUACCAGAAUUUACAUAAAUCAACUUUGAUUAAUUAUGCUGGUUACACAUCACCUCAAGAGUGACAAGUUCUUACUAGAUUUAUUUGUUUUGGGGAAUUCAUAAUCUGCUCCAUAAUCCAUUUGUUUUCAAAAUCUGAAGUGUAAUAUUCACAAGUAUUUUUUUUGAACGCUACCACUUCAAGAUUGGUUGAAAAAUACUGUAACUGUUUUGAUUUAGAAUGGGCUACUGUAGGGAAUUAAACAAAAUGACCUCUUAAGGUGUUUCAUGAAAAUUUUGCAGAAUUUAAUUUUAACUGAAUUUGGCAGAUAGUCCUUAAUUCAGAGAUACUCAGAAGGAAAAUCGCACAGUUUACUACCUCAAAACUGACUACCUGCUUCAAAUGAAAACAAAGUGAGAUUUAUUUCCUAGUUAGUGGUCUGUUACUUAAACAGAAAAUCACAAGAUUGGUUCCCAGGGAAAUUUCAUUCAUUUGGAAUAACAAAGGCUUGAGUUUUCAUUGCAUACCUUGUUUAACAUGACAGUCUCUUACCAAUCUCUAAGGCAAAUUCAUCUUAAGUUUUCCAACAACUGGCACCACUGCUCUCCAUGCAACCUUUGGGAGCUCUUCAUAGAGGACAUUAGAAAUUGCCUUAAUAAAGAAUUACCAAUCUGCAAACUAUAACUCUCAAAGUUUUCAUGAAAAGUGCACCAUAACAUAACUGAAUACAAGGAGGACUAUGUGUGAUAUGUGCUUCAGGAGUAAAAAGUUAUAAGAGGCAUAGUUUUAAUUCCUUGUUUUUUUUAAUUUAAGUUAAGUUUAGCAGCUUAGUAUACUAAAUCCCUGCUGUAUAUUAAAAGUAAUUACUCAUUGCUGCUGCAAUUUGUUUACAUGAAGGAGUAAAGUUUGAGUUAAUUUGUU